AGCAGGAAGUGGAUGAUCAGGAUUACGAUGAGGCUUCCUGAGGCUGCAGAUUAAAGAAACUCACAGCAACAGGAGAGGAGAGCAAGAAGAAACAGAAGAAGGAGACUGAAAAAAAAAGAAAAAAGAAAAGAAAAGAAUAGAAAAGAGAGAUAGAGGGACUGUGAAUUAGACUGAGACUGGGAAUAAAGAGAGAAGGACAAGAGAAAAGGAGAGAGAGAGAAAGUCAGGAUACUGUGAGGAUUUGCAGCUCGAUCGCCCGCCGGCUGCAGGAUUUACUGGAGCCAGUUCAGCUGCAUGUAAACCAGGACCCAACUGGACCCAACUGGACCCUACUGGUCUGAAGUGAGCUGCACUGGGCUGAGCCGGGCCGGGCGGGACAGGAGCUGAGGGCAGAUGGACGGGUUCCAGGCGUACGGGGCGGGGAAGGCAGGCGGGGCCUUCGACCCGCUGACCUUCAUCAGACAACCUCAGACCGUCGUCCGGCUCCUCUGCUGGCUCUUCUCCGUGGUCAUCCUCGGCUGCAUCUCUAACGAAGGCUACAUCAACCGGCCCGAGGAGGAGGAGGAGUUCUGCAUCUUCAACCGCAACCAGAACGCCUGUAACUACGGCGUCGGCAUGGGAAUGCUGUGCUUCCUGUGCUGCGGCAGCCUGAUGGCGCUCGACAUCUACUUCCCCCAGAUCAGCGGCGUCAAGGACCGGAAGAAGGCCGUCAUGGCUGACAUCGGAAUGUCAGCCUUCUGGUCGCUGAUGUGGUUCGUGGGUUUCUGUUUCCUUGCCAACCAGUGGCAGGUCUCCGAGGAGGAAGACAAUCCUCUGGACGAAGGAGGUGACGCUGCAAGAGCCGCCAUCCUCUUCUCCUUCUUCUCUGUUUUCACCUGGGCGGUGCAGUCUCUGCUGGCGCUGCAGAGGUUCCGCAUGGGCGCCGACAGCGUCUUCAACCAGGAGUACAGCGACCCUGAGCUGCCCGAGGCCCCGCCCACCGAGCAGGCCCUGCCCAUCGACGAGUAGCUCUGUGUGUGUGUGUGUGUGUGUGUGUGUGUGGGUGUGUGUGUGUGUAGGUUUCAAAGUGACGUCCAACCAAUCUGAUCCAGCUCCUCUGAUCUGACCUUUAAAUAAAUAAUUUAGAAAUAAA